ACUCCGCCAGCGUCUGGGAAGCCGCGCCUUAUGUUGGUGCACGGUACAGGCGACGGUGGGCAGUUUGGGUUGGGGGUUGAUGUGAGCAACAUUCAAAGGCCAAGGCUGCAUGUAGCGGUUAAGGAGCUAGUGAACAGCGGCAAAAUGGGACCUGUUGGCGUCGAAAGGGUAGUUGCUGCUGGCAUGCACUCGCUAGUGCUGGACUCGAAUGGACAGGUUUGGUCCUGCGGUGUCAAUGACUCUAUGGCUCUUGGGCGGAAGACUCAAGGAAUCAAAGAUGUGGAUAACACGGAGCUGGAGUCUUCCCUUGAUCUCGUGCAAGGAUUGGAGGAUUUCCGCGCUACAUUCAUCGCAGCUUCUGACAGCUGCAGCAUCGCUGUCAGUGAACGAGGCGAACUGCGCGCAUGGGGCUCAUUCAGCUCAGACGGAAUCCUCGGUUUCGAUGGCGUUCGUGAUCAUGGGAUGAAAGUUGUCGCCCCUACCGCUCUUCCCGCCUUUGCCAAAAAUCCCGUUUGCCAGGUCGCUUGCGGUGAAGACCACGUCUUAGCUCUCACAACAUCGGGGACAAUAUACACAUGGGGAAAUGGUGUCAACUUCCAAUUGGGGCGCAAAAUCAUGGAGCGCAGAAAAACGAAUGGCUUGAGACCAGAGCCGCUCCACCUACGCGACAUCGUACUGGUGUCAGCUGGAAACCAUCAUUCUUUUGCCGUGGAUAAACCCGGCGUGGUAUACGCAUGGGGGCUAAAUCAGAUGAGGCAGACCGGUGUCAGCGACGAGCGGGGUGGUGAGGAGUCGCAUAUCAAGAUGCCAACGGUUGUAGACGCGCUGCACCCGGAUAAACAUGGCGGGGCGAAGGUCGUUCAGAUUUCUGGUGGUGAACACCACUCGAUAUUCUUGUUCGAUAAUGGCGAGGUUUGGGGUUGCGGCAGGUCUGAUGUGGGAAGAUUAGGAUUGGCAGAUGACCAUCCUGCCAUACUCGAGAUCAAGAAGCGGUAUCGAGAGGAACUCGAGGAGAUCAUGGCGCAGAGAUCGUCAAAGGCUCAUGAGGCAGUUUCGUCCACGAAAAUUGUGGGAAUAUCUGUUGGCGAGAGAUACAACUUCGCUUAUGACGAGAGCGGGAUCGCGUAUUCAUGGGGAGAGGGUUCUGUUAAUCAGCUUGGGUUGGGCAAGGUGGAAGAGGUCAAGGUACCGACACGAGUGCACAACACUGCUCUCAAGACAUAUCAAGUUGUCGGUGCGAGUGCUGGAGGUCAGCAUGUCUUACUCAUGUAA